GGGGAAAGAUAAAAAAAAAAAGCCUCGGAGCUGGUUCCCGGGGAAGGGGCGAGAAGAGACGAGCCUCAAAGGCUGGCCAAGCCGGCGGCGAUGAGGCGCAGGAAGGCGGCGGUGGCGGCCGGCUGCUGCCUCGCCUUCCUCCUGGGCACCCUGCUGAACCUCCUCUUCAUCCCCGGCUCCGAGCACCCCCCGCCGCCGCCCCGCGACGGGGCGCCCCCCUCCCCGCCCGGCGCCCCCCUCUUCCCGCUGGAGGAGGAGGGCGGCGGCGGCCGGGCAGCGCUGGAGCGGCAGAUCCGUGAGCGUUACGAGGAGGUGCUGCGCUACCGGCAGCACCGGGCUGCGGGGCGGCGGCCGCUGCGGCCGCGGGAGCGGCGGCUGAUGGACCUGGCGCCGCCGCCGCGCACCUCGGCGGAGCAGCCGCGGGGCCGGGCGGCGGGGCCGCGGGACGGCGCCGCGGCGGAGCUGUCGCUGGAGCCGCCGCUGCUGGGCUGCCGCGACAUCCGCGAUGUCAGCGGCGUGCAGUACUUAGGCUCGGGGUACACCAAGGCGGUCUACAAGGCGGUCCUCAACCGGACGCUGGCCGUGGCGCUCAAGGCGGUGGAUUUCGGCGGGCACGACAUCGCCAACUGCGUGCGGCAGUUCUCGGACCUGGGGGAGUGCUACCGCCUGGCCGCCUACAAGAUCGUCAAGGAGAUGAUCCUGCUGCAGCGGCUGCGCCACGACAACGUCCUGCAGCUCUAUGGCUAUUGUUACCAAGAUAGCAAUGACAUCCCAGAUACACUGACGACCAUCACUGAACUAGGCUCACCUUUAGAGAUGAUUCAGCUUUUACAGACUUCCUGGGAAGACAGAUUUCGAAUAUGUCUCAGCUUAGUUCGGCUUCUGCAUUAUUUGGCUCACUCUCCUCUCGGCUCCGUGACAUUACUGGAUUUUCGCCCUCGGCAGUUUGUGAUUGUGGAUGGGGAACUGAAGGUGACGGAUCUGGAUGAUGCCAGCAUUGAGGAGAGCUCUUGCUCUAGUAACAGUGACUGCUUUAUGGAAUUCCCUGCGAGGAACUUCACCCUGCCCUGUUCAGUUGAGGGACGGUGUCAGAGUAUGAAUGAAAAGAGGAAUCUCUACAAUGCCUACAGGUUUUUUUUUACGUAUCUUCUUCCACACAGUGCUCCAUCAUCACUGAGACCAUUACUGGAUAAGAUAGUCAAUGCAACAGGAGAACUUCAGUGGGGAAUAGAUGAGACGGCUGCUCAGCUAGAGAGAGUUUUAAAUCUAUAUAAAAGUGGAGAGUACCUGCAGAACACGACCCGGACGCCGAAAGCUGCUCUUGCCCUGAUUGGCUGAUAUUGCUUUUGAAGAUGUGUCUGUUGCCUGUCACAAGAAGGUGCUCAUUUGGAAAACUACUGUGGCUGCUGUGGGGACUGGCUGUGAAACUUCUGAGAAGAUUUUGGCCUGAUUAAACCAGCAAAUUUUGAUUGACCAGAGCAGACCUGUAAAAACAUUUUCAAACUUAUAAAACCAUCGCAAAACAAAACUUUUGAGGAUUACCCAGAUUCAGUGUAGCAAGAUAUUUUCAAGUUUCAAAAUGUUUACGGGACAGGACAGAUGUUUCCUAGCAGGAUUUAUUUGUAUAGCUGUGAACAGCAAAGCAGCUCAUAUGUUAAGCUGGAGUAAAUCUGUCAUAAGUAAUAUCAAAAUCAGGCUUACUGCAUUAUAUUUAUUUGCUUAAAUCCUUGCAAAAUCAGUAGAUAGAGGAAAGGAUGUUUUGAUACUGGCAGGAGUGUCUUGCACUUCUCUGAUCUGUUCCUUGUCCUUAACUUGGUAGACGUUAUGUACUCUGUGUCAAGCUACAUGUAUGUAUGCAAAAGUGUAAAUUUAUGGCUACAUUUAUAGUAUUAGGCAAGUAUUUAUUGGUUUUAAACACCAUUAGUCUGGAAAUCGACCAGAACUUUGACCUUUUUAUGAUGUGAUUUACUGCCAUGAGCCUUCAAAUUCCAUGGACUCCAUUUAAGCAAGUUUCAGGUCUUGGUGGGAUAAAAACCUGAGCUGGAGCUUUCUUUAAACCAGUGGAGUAUUGCUUAAUUGAGCAAGUAACUGCACUGUAGUGACCAGGAUGAUCUUUUAAAAGUGUAGGGGAAGCUGAGCUCUCCUGCUGGCUGGGCUAAUGGGGUUCAAGGAGGAGCAGGAGGCCAGGGCACGUCUUUAUGGAGGGGAAUCCUUCAGGAGCCUUCUACUUCAUGUGAGAGGAGUGCAUUUCUGCACAGCUUGUACAAAUAAGGGUUGAGGGGUCAGCUCCCUAAUUUGUCACCAUGUAAACAAGAUUCCAGGGACAUUUGCCUUUGCUGUGCAGAUGAGGAAUGCGGUUACCUUGCUUCACUCAAGAUAAAGUGAAUUUUGGAGAGAAUUGUGGUUUCCUCAGACCAGCACUUGGUUGGCAUUGCAAUGAGUUUCUGAUUAUUUUGACACUAAUAGUUUAAGAGGAGCUAUUGUAUUGGCUUCCCAGAGUGGCAGGAGUACCCGGCGGUUUUGGGAGUGCAAGCCAAGGUGUGGGGUCAUGGCGUGUACUGCUCUCUGCUUCUCAUGGCUACCUUCCCAUCGGGAUGUUCCCUGGGAAGGGUGCUCCUGGGUACCCAUCUCUGCUACCUGCCAUGCAAGCGGGGAGAGGGGCUGCCUUCCUGCCUUUCCACCUCACUGCAUCCCACUCCCCUCUCCACAGCCAGCAUAGGCAGGAGGGUCAGAUCACCAGACUGCCUGCGUUCAGCAGUCUGUGCCAGUGCAGGGGAGGUGCCAGAAGCUGCCUUUGCAGACCCUAUGUGCCUCUGUGCUUUCACUUAGACUCCAGUGGCAGCAUUUUCAGCUGUCUGGCGUUUAGUGAUCUCCCAGCCAAGGAGAAUGCUGUGUAUGGGUUGUGCUGCUGUGUAUGGGUUGUGCUGCUGUGUACCUUGUAUGCUUGCCUGUUCCCAUGAGCUGCUGCGGAUGGUGGUGACUUCCCUCACGCAGGAACUGCUGGGGAGCACCAAGGAGAGUAGAGGCAGCUACUGGGCUCUGCUGCAUGGUGAGCCCACUUGAAGUACCAGCCUGAAGGUUUCGAUCCUCUCUGCCACUGGCAAGCCAGAAUCUCACCAUUGCAGUUAUUGCUAGCCCAACUCUGUUGAUUUUUGUGUCCAGGCUGCCCAAAGGAUUUACUGGGCUUGGUCACCUUGAAAGUCUGUGGAAAUGGAGAACUUUAUCUCCUACCUCUGACAGAGUCUUGGGUCAUGUAAAUCACUGCUGCUCUUUUGAAAUCUGUUUGUCAGCUGAGAGCCGACCCUCUGACAGCUGUAAUAGGAGCAGUGUUGAGAAGAAAGAAAUUAUGGCAUAUUAAAAGGCAUGUCUUUGCAUAGAAGGGUUUAAAAAUUGAACGAUGAUUCAAAAUAAGGCUCUUUCAGACAAGCUCCUGCCUGGCAUAGAAAAAAUAUAUGAUGUGAUGUGCAGCUGCUCUGCUUAGUGACCUGAUGGUGUGCCAAGGGAUACUGCAGCUCCAUCCCAGUCCUGGCCCGGAGCCCAACAGGCUCUUAGAGCACCUGUGGGAAUGGCGAGGGUGUGCUCUCUGCUGAUGUGGAGAAUCAGGCAGAUACUUCAUCUUUUGCUGCUGCAGCACGGGCCAUCCUUGUGUGUAUGUCCUCUGUAGCAUAGGAUUUGGCAUAGGGCAGCUUUAGGUGGCACUUAUGUAACUGAAAAGUUGUGGAUAGUCACUUUUUAUAUAUAGUCAACAUGGCAUGUACGCUGAUAGAAAGAAUUGUGUAUGGUGCUGGUAACGGUGAGAUGAUUUUUCUGCAUUUAAUUUGUGCACAUAAUUUUACUGACCUUGGCUGUGAGGUGCAAAUCAAUAGUCUGCAGUUACCAUACAGACAUAAGAGAAUUACAUUCAAUUGUUGUUGCAUUGUAUAGUCGACACAGAAGUUGGAAAGAAGGUACUUUACCUAUCUGGGAAGUAGUAUUUUAUUUACUUGUCUUCAGAAGAAAUAUUUUUGAUGGAGAAAUGACCAUUUGUAUGUGAAACUACAUUUUUAUUUUGUCUCUUUGUGUGCCUGAGUCUGCAUUUUCUGAAUUAAUGAAAAUGUUGCUGCCUUUGAUUUAAGCAGUAUAUGAUCAGCUCUGAUUUUGCUUUUUGUUUGGGAAUGUUUUUGUGAUCAUUCUAAUAAGCUAAGCUUAAAAUAGAAUGCAUUUACUGCUUCUGUUUCCAACUAUUUCAGGGUGUGUGGUAUGAAUGAGCACCUGUGGAUGUGUACUUCUUUUCACAGUUGAAAUACUGGCAGUUUAGAGCAGUAGUCACAUUCGCCUUUGACUCAGUGGUGUUCAUACAUUAUGCUGUCUGAAAUACUAGCAGGCUGACUAUGCAAUGUCAGGCAGAAAAUGCGUGAACCAAAGUGACUUAAGAAUAGGCUGUGAGUCAGGGCAGGCAGCUCUGGUUUCCAUAACAGAUACAAUUAAAGAACUAUAGGAUGUAUUUUUUUUUUAAUGGGAUAGGGACAGGGGAGAUGCAGGAGAGAACCAUCAAUUUGUGUGUCUGGAUGCUAAAUACAAAUGUUUAUGAAUAAUUAGUUGAGUUUGCUGAUGCAUUCAUUAGAGAAACCACCAUCAGAGGCUGGGAAAGCAAGAGGAGUUGUGAACAGAGAACAAGAGGCAGCUCAUAAAGGCAAGUGAGACUGAACGGCAGCCAACGGAGAAGAGUAAUCGGCAGGGCAGUGCGGAGGCGCUGGGCAAGGACCACGCUGACAUGCUCCCUCUACUUUUUUUUUCCUUCUCUUCAGAGGCCCAUCCAGCGACUCCCCUUUUGUGCUAAUCUGAGCAAGCAAAAGAAGUUUGCUUAAUUAAAAGCCUGUCUUUUCUUCCUUCUCUAAAGGGGCCAGAGGAAAAUAGCGUACUCUUCUGAGGGAGAGGGAGGGCUGGGAAUGCCUGGUCGGGUCUCAACCCAACAAUCCUGCUCACUGUUAAGAAGUAGGACAGUGAGUCAGUUCAUUCAAGUGGAUGCUGUUUAUUCAAUGGGACAUUCUUCCUGUAAAACUCCUAAUAAAACCAAAGCCUCGCCUAUGCAGUGGGGAAGGGAAAAGGGGUUUGUGCACAGACUGUUUAUUUACAGAAGCUUUCUGGAAAAAAAGGUGAGAAGAAGAAAGGAGGAAAGGAAAAGGAAAGCAAGGUGCAGAGCUAUAAACACGUUAGGGAGUAAACCAGGGCUGGUACAGUCUAGCCCGUCACCUUUUUUGUCACAUAUCCUGCUCCUAAGCUGUUGUAAUAAACCUUGCCUGUUAGAAAUAAGCAGUUUUCUAGAGCAUUCAAAACAAUUGCUUUACUCUGGUUAU